UGAACUGCACAAAUCCAGUCCAGAGCUGCGAGAAUUCAGGCAUGUGGACGCUGUGCAGCCGGCUUGCACAGUCAGAGCCGAGAUGGACAGAACCUUGGAAUCUCUAAGGCACAUCAUUGCCCAAGCCUUGCCGCACAGAGACCCAGCUUUGGUCUUCAAAGACUUGAAUGUUGUGUCAAUGUUACAGGAAUUUUGGGAAAGUAAGCAGCAGCAGAGAGCCACAUUCUCCAGUGAAGGCCUGGUGGUUUAUGAGUCAAUGCCCUCCUCUGGGCCUCCCUUUGUGAGUUAUGUGACUCUUCCUGGAGGGAGCUGCUUUGGCAACUUUCAGUGCUGCUUAAGUAGAGCUGAGGCCAGGCGGGAUGCAGCUAAAGUGGCGCUCAUCAACUCUCUCUUCAACGAGCUGCCCUCCCGAAGGAUCACCAAGGAAUUCAUCAUGGAGAGUGUUCAGGAAGCAGUGGCCUCCACCAGUGGCACUUUAGAUGAUGCAGAUGACCCCAGCACGAGUGUCGGAGCCUAUCACUACAUGUUGGAGUCAAACAUGGGGAAGACCAUGCUGGAGUUUCAGGAACUGAUGACCAUUUUCCAACUAUUGCACUGGAAUGGAAGCCUGAAAGCCCUCCGUGAAACAAAGUGCUCUCGACAGGAAGUCAUCUCCUAUUAUUCCCAAUAUUCUUUAGAUGAAAAGAUGCGCAGCCACAUGGCCCUGGACUGGAUCAUGAAGGAGCGUGAGUCCCCAGGAAUUCUCUCUCAAGAGCUACGUGCAGCCCUGGGGCAGCUGGAGGAAGCCAGGAAGUCAGGACAAGAACUACGGUUUUACAAAGAAAAAAAGGAAAUCCUGAGUUUGGCUCUGAUUCAGAUUUAUAGUGAUCCUGACCCUUCCUCACCCAGUGAUGACCAGCUGAGCCUCACGGCUCUGUGUGGCUAUCAUUAGCAAGCCCAGGUCUCAGGUUUCCUGAGGUCUUUUACAUCAGGAAUCUCACUGACAGAGGUUGUCAGAGAUUUUAGCAUAAUAGUCACUACCUGAAGGGUACACUACUCCCUACCCAUUCUGUCCACGGAAUGGAAAAGUAGUACUGGUCCAGACCCCAACUUCCUUCUUCAUAUAUGUUUUCAACUAUGCCGUUAGUGGUUCUACUUCAGAAUGAAUGACAACAGAACUGAUUGGAAAGUAUUAUUCAGGGUUGAAUCCAAUCUAAAGUCUAGUUGACAUGUGCCUUAUUUCACACAAGGGGCCAGUACAAAAGCCUCCAAGAAAACAGCAGCAGUACUAGGGAAGGUAGCAUGCUAACAACUUGUUGUUGUUGUUUCUUUAUUAAAUAAUACCAAUCAAAAUUCCCACUUCCUCCCCUCCUUCCACUUCCCUCCAGCUCCUCCACAUACCCUUUUACCCACCCCCGUCCAGUCCUAAGAGAGGGCAAGGCAACCUGCCCUGUGGAAAGUUCUAGGUCCUCCCCCCUAUAUCCAGGCUUAGGAAGGCAUGCAUCCAAAGAGAAUAGGAUCUCAAAAAGCCAGUACAUGCAGUAGAGACAAAUCCCAGUGCCAUUAUCAUUGGCCCCUCAGUCUGCCCCAAUUGUCAACCACAUUCAGAGCGUUCAGUUUGAUCCCAUGCUCAUUCAUUCCCAGUCCAGUUGGCUUUGGUGAGCUCCUAUUAAAUCAGGCACACUGUCUCAGUGGGUGAACCAACCUCUCAUGGGCCUGAUUUCCUUGCUCAUCUUCUCCCUCCUUCUGCUUUUCAACUGGACCUUGGGAGCUCAGUCCAGUGCUCCGAUGUAGGUCUCUGUCUCUAUCUGCAUCUAUCGCUAGACGAAGGUUCUAGGGUGAUAUUCAGACAGUCAUCAGUCUGACAACAGGAUAAGGCCAGUUCAGGCACUCUCUCCUCCACUGCCCAGGGUCCUAGCUGGGGACAUCCCCAUGGAAUCCUGGGAACCCCUCUAGAGUCAAGCCUCUUGCCAACCCCAAAAUGGCUCCCUCAAUUAAGAUAUUUCCUUCCCUGCUCCCAUAUCCGUCCUUCCUCCAUCUCAACCAUCCCACCCCCCAAAGCUCUCCCCAACACUCCCCUUCUCCCCUCUCCCUCCCCCUCUCCCCUUCCCUCUAAACCUUCCCCCCACCCUGCCUCCAUGCUCUCAACGUUUGCCUGGCAAUCUUGUCUGCUUCUAAUUUCCAAGUGGAUCUAUAUAUGUUUUACUUUGGGUUCACCUUAUUACUUAACUUCUCUGGGAUCAAUGUCCUUUGUUUAUGACUAAUGAGUGAGUACAUACCAUAUUCAUAUUUUUGGGUCUGGAUUAUUUCACUUAAGAUGCAGUUUUCUACUUCCAUCCAUUUGCAUGCAAAAUUCAGGGUGUCAUUGUUUUUUUUACCACUGAAUAGUACUCUAAUGUGUAGAUGUACCACACUUUCUUUAUUUAUUCUUCCAUUGAGGGGCAUCUAGGUUGUUUCCAGGUUCUGGCUAUUACAAAUAGUGCUGCUAUGAACAUUGUUGAACAAAUGCUUUUGUGGUAUGGGCAUCUCUUGGGUAUAUUCCCAAGAGUGGUAUUGCUGGAUCCUGAGGUAAUUUGACUCCUAAUUUUCUGAAAAACCACCACACUGAUUUUCAAAGUGGUUGCACAAGUUUGCAUUCCCACCAGCAAUGGAUGAGUGUUUCCGUUACUCCACAUCCUCUCCAACAUAAGUUAUCAUUGGUGUUUUUGAUUUUAGCCAUUCUGACAGGUGUAAGAUGGUAUCUCAAAGUUGUUUUGAUUUGCAUUUCCCUGAUAGCUAAGGAAGUUGAACAUGUCCUUAAGUAUCUUUUGUCCAUUUGAAAUUCUUCUGUUGAGAAUUCUCUGUUCAGUUAAGUACCCCAUUUUUUAAUUGGGUUAUUUAGAAUUUUAAUGUCUAGUUCUUCCGUUCUUUAUAUAUUUUGGAGAUCAGAUCUUUGUCUGAUGUGGGGUUGGUGAAGAUCUUCUCCCAUUCAGUAGGUUGCCUUUUUGUCCUAAUGACAGUGUCCUUUGCUUUACAGAAGCUUCUCAGUUUUAGGAGGUCCCAUUUAUUCAAUGUUGCCCUUACUGUCUUUGCUACUGGGGUUAUACACAGAAAGUGGUCUCCUGUGCAUAUGCAUUGAAGGCUACUUCCCACUUUUUUUUCUAUCAAGUUCAGUGUGGUCGGAUUUAUACUGAGGUCUUUAAUUCAUUUGGACUUGAGUUUUGUGCAUGGUGAUAGAUAUGGAUCUAUUUUCAUUCUUCUACAUGUUGACAUCCAGUUAUGCCAGCACCAUUUGUUGAAGUGGCUUUUUUUUCUUCCAUUGUAUAAUUUUAGCUUCCUUGUCAAAAAUCAGAUGUUCAUAGGUAUGUGGAUUAAUAUCCAGGUCUUCAAUUUGAUUCCAUUGGUCAACGUCUCCAUUUUUAUGCCAAUACCAAACUGUUUUCGUUACUGUAGCACUGUAAUAGAGUUUGAUGUCAGGGAUAGUAAUGCCUCCAGAAGUUUCUUUAUUGUAUAGAAUUGUUUUGACUAUCCUGGGUGUUUUGUUUUUCCAUAUAAAGUUGAUUAUUGUUCUCUCAAGGUCUGUGAACAAUUUUGUUGGGAUUUUGAUGGGGAUUGUACUGAAUUUAUAGAUUGCCUUUGGUAGGAUUGUCAUUUUUACUACAUUGAUCCUAUCAAUCCAGGAGCAUGAGAGAUCUUUCCAUUUUCUGGUGUCCUCUUCAAUUUCUUCAAAGACUUAAAGUUCUUGUCAAAUAGAUCUUUUACUGCUUUGGUUAGUGUUACCCCAAAAUACUUUAUGCUAUUUGUGGCUAUCGUAAAAGGUGAAGUUUCUCUGAUUUCCCUCUCUGCUUCUCUGUCCUUUGUGUAUAGGAGGGCUACUGAUUUUUUUGAGUUGAUCUUGUAACUUGACACAUCACUGAAGGUAUUUAUAAGCUGUAGAAGGUCUUUGGUAGAGUUUUUGGGGGUCACUUAUGUACCCUAUCAUAUAAUCUGCAAAUAAUGAAAGUUUGACUUCUUCCUUUCCAAUUUGAAUCCUUAUCUCCUUUUGUCGUCUUGAUCCCCUUAUGUUGUCUUAUUGCUAUUGCUAGAACUUCAAGCACUAUGUUGAAGAGAUAUGGAGACAAUGGACAGCCUUGUCUUGUUCCUGAUUUUAGUGGAAUAGCUUUGAGUGUCUCUCCAUUUAGUUUGAUGUUAGCUGUCAGCUGUAUGUUGCUUUUAUUAUAUUUAGAUAUGAUCCUUGUAUCCCUAUCUCUCCAAAACCUUUAUUAUAAAGGGGUGUUGAAUUUUGUCAAAUGCUUUUUCGGCAUCUAAAUGAAGUGAUCAUACGGUUUUUACUUUCAGUUUAUUUAUAUGAUAGAUUACAUUGAUAGAUUUUCGUAUGUUGAACCAGCCCUGCAUCUCUGGGAUGAAGUCUAUUUGAUCAUAAUGGAUGAUUUUUUUGAUGUGUUCUUGGAUUCGGUGUGCCAGUAUUUUAUUGAGAAUUUUUACAUCAAUGUUCAUGAGUGAUAUUGCUCUGUAAUUCUCUUUCUUGGUUGAGUCUCUGUGCAGUUUUGGUGUCAGGGUAACUGUAGUUUUAUAAGAAGAGUUUGGCAAUGACCCUUCUGUUUCUAUUAUGUGGAAGACAUUGAGGAGUAUAGGUAUUAGCUCUUCUUGGAUGUUCUGGUAGAAUUCUGCACUAAAACCAUCUGGCCCCAGGCUUUUUUAGUUGGGAGGUUUUUGAUGACAGCUUCUAUUUCCUUGUGACUUAUAGGUCUAUUUAAAUUGCUCACCUGGUCCUGAUUUAAUUUUGAUAUGUGGUAUCUAUCUAAAAAAUUGUCCAUUUCUUUUACAUUUCCUAAUUUUGUGGAGUACAGGUUUUUGAAGUAAGACCUAAUGAUUCUCUGAAUUUUCUCAGUGUCUGUUGUUAUGUUCCCUUUUCAUUUCUGAUUUCGUUCAUUUGAGUGUUCUCUCUCUGCCUUUUGAUUAGUUUGGAUACGGGUUUGUCAAUCUUGUUGAUUUUCUUAAAGAACCAGCUCUUUGUUUCAUUGAUUCUUUGAAUUGCUUUCUGUAUUUCUAUUUUGUUGAUUUCAGCCCCUUCUUUGAUUAUUUCCAAUCUUCUACUCCUCCUGGAUGAGUCUACUUCUUUUUUUUUCUAGAGCUUUCAGGUGUGUUGUUAAGUUUCUAAUGUGAGCUUUCUCCAUUUUCUUUAUGUGGGCACUUAAUGCUAUGAACUUUCCACUUAGCAUUGCUUUCACAGUGUCCCAUAGAUUUGGGUAUGCUGUGUCUUCAUUCUUGUUGAAUUCAAGGAAGACUUUAAUUUUUUCUUUAUUUCUUCCUUGACUCAGGGGUGGUUCAGUAAUUGACUGUUUAGUUUCCAUGAGUUUGUAUGCUUUCUAGGGGUAGUACUGUUGUUAAAUUCUAACUUUACUCCAUGGUGAUCCGAUAAGACACAGGUAAUUACUCCAAUUUUUUUGUAUCUGUGGAUGUAUCUGUUACCGAGUACGUGAUCAAUUUUUGAGAAGGUUCCAUGAGGUACUGAGAAGAAGGUAUAUUUUUUCCGGUUUGGGUGGAAUGUUCUAUAGAUGUCUGUUAAGUCCAUUUGAUUCAUUACAAUGAAUUACAAUGAAUUUCUCUGUUAAGUUUCUGUCUGGUUGACCUGUCCAUUGUGGAUAGAGGAGUGUUGAAAUCUCAGUGUGUGGGGUUUGAUGUGUGAUUUGAAUUCUAGUAAUGUAUCUUUUACAUAUGUGGGUGCUUUUAUAUUAGGGGCAUAUAUAUUAAGGAUUGAGACUUCAUUUUGAUGAUUUGUUCCUGUUAUGAGUAUAAAGUUUCUUUUUCCAUCUCUUCUGAUUGAUUUUAGUUUGAAAUUAAUUUGUUGGAUAUUAGGAUAGCCACACCUGCUUGUUUCUUAGGUCCAUUUGAUUGGAAAACCUUUUCCCAACCCUUUACUCUGAGGUAAUGUCUAUCUUUGAGGUUGAGGUAUGUUUCUUGUAAACAGAAAAUGUUGGAUCCUGUUUUCAUAUCCAUUCUCUUAACCUGUGCCUUUUUUAUAGGUGAAUUGAGUCCAUUGAUAUUAAGUGAUAUUAACGACCAGUGGUUGUUAACUCCAGUUAUUUUUUUUAUGGUAGUGUUUGUGUGUUUCCUUUCUUUGAGUUGUGUUGGUGGAGGGUUGUCAGAUGCCUAUGUUAUUAUGGUGUUGUUGGCUUCCUUGAGCUUAUGUUUUCCUUCUCGUACUUUCUGUAAGGCUGGGUUUGUGGCUAUAUAUUGUUUAAAUCUGUUUUUGUCCUGGAAUAUCUUGUUUUCUCCAUCGAUGGUGAAAGAAAGCUUUGCUGGGUAUAGUAGUCUGGGCUUGCAUCCAUGGUCUCUUAGCAUCUGCAGUACAUCUAUCCAAGACCUUCUGACUUUCGUGGUUUCAACUGAGAAGUCAGGUGUAAUUCUGAUAGGUUUACCUUUAUAUGUUAGUUGACCUUUUUCCUUUGCAGCUCUUAAAAUUCUUUCUUUUUCUGUAUGUUUUGUGUUUCAAUUAUUAUAUGGUAAGAGGAUUUUUUGAUCCAGUCUAUUUUGUGUUCUGUAUGCUUCUUGUACCUUCAUAGGAAUAUCCUUCUUUUAGGUUGGGAAAGUUUUCUUCUAUAUUUUUGUUGACUAUAUUUUCUGGGCCUUUGAGCUGGAGUUCUUCUCCUUCUUCUACCCCUAUUAUUCUUAGGUUUGUUUUUUCAUGGUGUCCCAGAGUUUCUGAAUGCUUUGUGGAAUUUGUGGGAUUUGAUGUUUUCUUUGUUCAAUGAGUCUAUUUCUUCUAUGGUAUCUUUAGCCCCUGAGAUUCUUUCUUCUAUCUCUUGUAUUCUGUUAGUUAUACUUGUCUCUGUAGUUCCUGUUCAUUUACCCAGAUUUUCCAUAUCAGUCAUCCCUCGGUUUGUGUUUUCUUUACUACCUCCAUUUCGGUCUUCAAGUCUUGAACUGUUUCCUUUACCUGUUUGAAUGCUUUUUCUUAGUUUUCUUGGGUAUCUUUGAGGGAUUUAUUACUUUCUUCUAACUUUUUGUUUGUCUUCUCUUUCAUUUUUUUAGGAAAGUUUUUCACUUCCUGUUUAAAGGUCUCCAUCAUUUUCAUGAGGUUACAUUGAAAGUCAUUUUCUUCUAUUUUUUGGGGGAUUAGGAUGUUCAAGUCUUCCUGUUACAUGUUCACUGGAUUCUGGUGUUAACAUGUUGCUUUUCAGGAUGUUGGAGGAAUUCUUGCAUUGGCACCUUUCUUCCUUCAAAUGAGGCCAGCAGAGUCUUGGCAUCUUGGUCCCAUCUUUGCUGUGGUUGACUAUUUGGGAGUUUUUCUUUGUCUACCCUCUCUUUGGCCCCCUCAGCACUGGAGCAGGCUGUGUUUGAGGAUUCCAAAGAACUCACGGGCAAAAGGCAGGCUUGGGGGCAAGGUGGGUUUGGGGAAAUCCCAAAAGCAGGGACACUCCCAGCUGGCUGGCCAGAAAACCUAGGGAGUUGUGGAGGGGCCUCUAGGUUCUGGCCCACUGGUAAGGUCCUGUAGAGUGGGACAUCUGGCUGUCCAGGCUUGUGGGUACUGACUCACCUCUCAGAUCCCCUAAGCACUGUGUUGCAGGAUUCCAAGGACCACGCAGAUGAAAAGGUGGGCUUGGAGGCAGGGUAGGAUGGGGUAAAGAAAGCCCAGCAGCAGGAACACACCCUGCUGGAUGGCCAGAAAAGCUUAGGGAAUUUGGGGGUGCUUGUAAUCUGUCCCCCUGGGAAGGUCCCAGGGAGUGGUGCUUCUGGCUGUCUGGCCAUGUGGCUACUGACUUACCUCUCUGGUCCCCUCCACAUGGGAGCAGGGUCUCUUGCAGGGUUUCAAGGAAACUGUUGUUGUUGUUAAAGACAGGAUUUCUCUGUGUAUCCCUGUCUGUCUUGGAUCUCAUUCUGUAGACUAGGUUGGCCUUAAACUCAGAGAUCUGCCUGCCUCUUCCUCCAGAGUGUAUUAAAGACAUGUGCCACCACCAUCUAGCUGAUAGCAACCUUUAAAAUACAUAAAAUUAAUUAGUACAGAUUAUUUGAAAAAAAAUGUACAACAGUCAGCAUAUGCUUGAGCACUCCUGAAAAUUACUAUAUUCUCAUCAUGUAUUGUGAAAUUAGUUUUAAUAACAAAUUUAUUACAUGUCAUGUUUCUCAGACAAGAAGAAAUUAAGCUACAUAACUGCCCUAGUCAAAUAUCCUAAGAAGAUAAUGGUAUGUAAUGUUAGAUAGCUUUCAUCUUAAAAUGUUAUUUUAACAACAAUCAUAUUGCUGUCCUUAAUGAGGCUAAAUAUCAUCUAGAAGAGAAGGAAUCAGGAUUGUUUUGUUUGCUGAAUAAAUUUUUAAGCGAAAGAAAAUUUCUAUUUAAUUUUUUUUCACAAAAUCUUUAGCAUUUCAAAUCCAUCCCAUUUCCACAUAUUGGCAGUGAUAUUUAUAUGUGGUACAUCUUUACUCUAUUUACAACCUUUGGUAAUGUUCACCUCAAAAGGAUGAUAUCUGAUUAGAUAUAAGAACAGGGCUUAGAUGGGUCAAAAUCAAACUCACCUAAUAUUUUAUGAUUAUGACACUGCACAAAUUCUGUGAACUGAAAAUGAUGGAAAGUGCUCUUUCUCUUGGAAUAGUACCAGAAGCUUCAGCAAAAGUAACAAAGAUCAAAGCCAUAGCUGGCCCCAUCUAAUAGCAAGUCAACUUCAGUCAAGACAUUGUGCUGACAAAUCAUCACACACACAUCUGUAACACUGGUACAGAGAAACACAGGUGAGGGAAAAAAAUCCUGCCUGUCUUGUUCUCAAUACUGCACUGUGGAAAGAGAUUAAAGUAAAGGAGUUUGUAGGAAUGUGGAGCCCUGAAGCUGGUUGUUUUAUGAACUCCUUGAAAAUCAGACAAAAACUCACAGACUAGCUCAUAGCAAAAUAUAAGAAUAUCAAAAAAUAUAUGGAUCCCACUAAAAUUCAUGGAUUGUUCCAGAGCAUCCCUGACCCUUAGUUUGAAACUCACAAUUUUAAAAGCAUACAUAGUUUUAAAUUUCACCUCAGAGACCCAGUGUAUCUUAGGUCUAGCCCAUAGACCCUACUUCUAAGAUGAUUACUGUUAUUCUUAAACAAAAAAACUGUAUUGUUUGGGCAAAGAUAGUUUAAUUUUUGCAAAAUCAAAAUAUACCUUGUUGUUAUGAAAAAACAAACUGAGAUGAAGAAGUUACUAAAUGUAGGCACCUGUAUCAGAAUAUUACAGAUUUAAUAAAACCAC